CAAGGGCCGUGAGAAAAGUGAGCCGGUUAUUUCGGCUUCGGCAGGGAGCGUGAGUAGUAUGCCAACGUGAUGGUCAUGCCGGACAUCUCCCGUCUGCAGCCUCUGCCGCUGGCUGGAGGCGCUCUGAUCUGGACGGAGUCACGUCGCUGGGAAGUUACAGAAGAAGCGGCGCGGAAAGUUUGUGAGGGGCUGUUGCAGCCAAGGCCUACCGAGGGGUGCGGACCCUCGGCUGAGGCAUUCCUAGGAGGGUUGCGGACUUGCGGACUCUGUGGGGUAGGGGUCCCACCCUCGGGCUCUUUCUCCUUUUGUUUAGGAAUUCUUGUCAUAAGAUGUCUGUAUGGGCCUUCCCCGCGGUGCCCGUGUUGGGACUGCUGCUGCUCGCAGCGAGUGCCGGCAGAGGACAGCCGGUAGUGGGAAUGCAACGAGAAGUUCGAUUGCUGGGUCGAGCAGAGAGCUGCAGGGGCGUAUCGAUCUCCGCCCAGGCCGUCUGCGCCUCGGGCCUUGUGUGCAACCCGAGCACGGGGACCUGCGUGCCAGUGCCUGCCUCAUAUCAGCUGUUGAAAUUUAAAUGGGAAAAUAGAGCUGUCAACAAGGAUGCCAUUGAAUCUGACAGUAUUUUGUACAACAAAUGGAGGCCAAGUAGACCAAUUCAAGCUGUCAAAAACUUGGACAUUACAGCAUGGUCACUAAAUAAAAUACCUCCUAAAUAGGAACAUUUUCGGAUAUAAAGGAAAACAAAUGAUGUGGCAAACAGAACACAACUAUGGAAUAAUUUGUGCCACAAAGAAUGACUUCAUGAAACAUACAUAAAACAGAACAAUAAAAGUUUCUUUUCAGCAUCCAUUGGAGAGCUUUAACAUGUCAUGAUGAAUUAAAAAUAAGAUAACACUGAAUAAACAAUGCAAUCUAA